GGAAUGGCAGAGACGUGAUUACCAACAUGAGUGGAUUGCAGUGCCUUGCCUCAGAGAACAUCUGGUUUGACAAACAGCGCUACGAUGAGGCAGAGAAGUGCUUCUACGAAGGAGCCAACGGACCCUCUACACAGGGGAAGGAAGUUAAUGCCAUCCUGCAGGACAUUGCUAAAUCCAGACAGAAUAUUCUUCAGUCACUGAACAGAGUGAAUACUGUGCUACAAAUAAGCCUCAAGCACACCCACUGUAGUAGCAGGACUGCCUGGGAACACUGCAUGGCUGAGACAGACAGCCUGGCUGUGUGUCUGCUGCUGCUUGGUGUGGAUGACUUCAACCAACUCCUGCACAAAGUGGUGGAGGAGAUGAGAGCAGCCCUGCAGAAACUGGAGUCCAGAGUGGCUAUGCUGGAAAAGAGCCCAGCAGCUGUCCCAUGUGCUAAGUCUGCUCCAGUCAAGGCUGCUCCUGUCAAACCUGUAAAGGUGGAAAACGGUGAUGACGAUGACAUUGACUUGUUCGGCAGUGAUGAGGACGACGAGGAGGCAGCACGCCUUAAGCAGGAGCGCGUGGAUGCCUAUGCAGCCAAGAAGUCCAAGAAACCUGCCCUCAUCGCCAAGUCGUCUAUCCUGUUGGACGUCAAGCCCUGGGAUGAUGAGACUGAUAUGGUGAAGCUGGAGGAGUGUGUGCGCUCGGUGCAGAUGGACGGGCUCCUGUGGGGACAAUCCAAACUGGUGCCAGUUGGCUACGGCAUCAAAAAGCUGCAGAUCAAUUGCGUGGUUGAGGAUGACAAAGUUGGCACAGACAUUCUGGAGGAGGAAAUCACCAAGUUUGAGGACUAUAUCCAGAGUGUAGAUGUUGCUGCCUUCAAUAAGAUCUAAGCUCCAUCAGCUGUUUACCUGCUGCUGCUGCUCUGGUUUGCACGGUUAUUAAAGUUUUGAGCACAAACCUCA